AGAAUACUGAGCUGAGAUGGAAGUCAAAACAUUUAGCAAAGCCAGUAGGAUUCCUGAAACUGUAUCCACAUUAAUUAAUGAAGAAUUUGUCCUGGUUCAUCAACAAUCUGAGGAUGCCUGUGGAAAAGAUGAAAAACCUCAGCUGAAGGUAUUUUCAAAUGGAGAUGAUCAGCUGGAGAAAGCAAUGGAAGAGUUACUGAGGGAUUCUGAAAAAGACCAGAACAAUUUCACUGCUCUCCAGGAAGGUUCCAGUGAUGCAAACAGCCAGGCAGCCCAAGAUGGGUCAGCAAGUCAAACGCAUCAGCCAUCUUUGCACCUUGCUUUAGACCCUUCUACUACAGAAAUCUCUGCACCAAGGCCAUUUUUUCCUGGUGAACCCCUGGAAGAGGACAGCGUAUUGUUUAACAAACUGACAUAUUUAGGUUGCACAAAAGUAUCUGCUCCUCGAAAUGAACCAGAAGCUCUGCAUGCCAUGGCAAACAUGAAAUCCUCAAGUCGAGACCCUUUACCUGUAACACUUUAUGUUCCAAACAUUCCAGAAGGCUCUGUAAGAAUAAUAAAUCAAUCAAGCAACAUAGAGAUAGCCUCAUUUCCAAUCUAUAAGGUGUUGUUUUGUGUGCGUGGACAAAAUGGAACUUCAGAAAGUGACUGUUUUGCAUUUACUGAAAGCAGCUGUGGAACAGAGGAGUUCCAGAUUCAUGUUUUUUCCUGUGAGAUUAAAGAGGCAGUCAGUCGAAUUUUAUAUAGUUUCUCAACAGCAUUCAAACGUUCUUCCAAACAAGCAUCUGAUCAUGUUAAGGACUUUGUUCUUCCUACUCCAGAUAGUGAUGUGUACACUUUCAGUGUUUCUUUAGAAGUCAAAGAAGAUGAUGGAAAAGGAAAUUUUAGCCCUGUGCCAAAGGAUAGAGAGAAAUUAUAUUUCAAGCUUAAACAGGGAAUUGAGAAGAAAGUGGUGAUUACAGUUCAGCAACUCACAAACAAAGAACUGGCCAUUGAAAGAUGCUUUGGGAUGCUACUAAGCCCUGGACGAAAUGUGAAGAACAGUGACAUGCAUUUACUAGACAUGGUAACACUNGGAAAGAGUUCUGAUGGGAAGGCUUACGUAAUUACUGGAAUGUGGAAUCCUAAUGCACCCAUGUUUCUAGUGCUUAAUGAGGAAACUCCUAAAGAUAAACGUGUAUUCAUGACUGUGGCAGUGGAUAUGGUUGUUACUGAAAUAGUAGAGCCAGUUCGGUUUUUGCUGGAGACUGUUGUGCGUGUGUAUCCUGCCAAUGAACGUUUCUGGUACUUCAGCAGAAAAACCUUCACAGAAACUUUUUAUAUGAAGUUAAAACAGUCUGAAGGAAAAAGCCAUACAAAUGCUGGGGAUGCAAUUUAUGAAGUUGUCAGUCUACAAAGAGAAUCUGCAAGAGAGGAAGAAUUGGUCAGCCCAGCAAGUGGAGGAGGGCCUGUAUCAUCCCAGGAGGAUGAGGUAGAAGAAG